AUGUUACAAUUUACUCGAACAUUUAUCUGUCAUAAAUAUGCUUUCGAUGAAAAUUCAAUAAAUACUCUUAAAGAAAAUUUUAACAUUUACUUGAAUCGAUUUUUAGCCUACAUCAGAACCCACAAACCUGUACUAAAUAUUAAAGAAGAAAUUCAUUUUGCAAUAUUCUUAAAAACACUUUUUAAAAUAGUGAUUAUAAUUACACGACCAAAUGAACCAGAGUCAAUUUGCAAUGAAAUUGACAAUAUGAAUUCUUCAUAUAUCUGCUAUACAAUGCUUUAUGAUGAAUGUAGAAAAUUUUUUGAUCUUUCGGAAAAAAUUAACGAAGUUAAGCUCGAAACAGCGGACUGGACUCUCGAUUCUUGGGGUAAACAUUAUUGGAAUUUUCUCCAUGCUCUCUCCAUUCUUGUUCAAUACUGCUACCAAACAAAAUGUGAUGAAUUGCUUCACAAUUAUGUGGCUGCUCUUAUUCUCAAUUUUGAUUUGAUUUUACCGUGUAAUACUUGUCGCGAAAAUUAUAAACUGAAGAAGCCACUGAUUAAUUUAUCAUUGCCUAUUAUCUACAGCAAAGACGUCAUUUUCGUCUUAUACAAUUUGCACAACAAUAUUCGUGUGACAAAUGGAUUAGAAAAGUUUCCCUUUGAUCAAUUUCUUAAUAGUUGGAAUAUAAAGUUAUUGGAUGCUGAAACAAAGACAGUAAAUGCACGCUAUUUAUUGGAAUAA